UAAACAUCCGGGGUUGGGUAACAUUUCUCUGAUCAUGCUGAUGUAGGUUUUAUACUUCGCGUCUCAGACAAAGUGAUGACAAAUCUCUUUAGAUGUAGAAAAAUAGCGCGUUUGUUCGUUGGUGGGAAUAACAGACUUUUGUUAUCCUGUUAUGGAAGGACAUUUUCUUCAAAACAAGUAGGAAGAGAUGCUCUGAAGCUCAUUAAAGAAGGUUUAGAUCAGAAAGAUGAUGUGAAAUUUCUUCCACUUCACCUUGAGAAAUGCUUAUUCAAGCAGAGCUUUUCCAGUGCAGUUAUAAAGUUCGACAAAUUCUGCGUAGAUGAAAAUGGAAUUUAUCAAACCCCGGAUUAUGCUGGGAGUACAAUCACACCUGUUGUUUCAUUUCAAUCAUUUUUUGAAAGAGGAUAUUCCUUGCUUCGGCGGUUUGUUACUGAAGGUCUUAAUGAGGAUGACGACGAAGGAACACGUUUAGCUUUGUUGAGUCUGUUGCAGUUUCUCACAAGAAAAGGUUACCAUGAAUCUUGUCUUAAAAGUCAAAACACUGAUCGGCCCUAUGAAAAACUUGAAGCAACUGAAGCAUACUCGGCUGUUUUGUUGACCAUUCAUUUGUUAUCGCAGUUGGUAACUGGCAACGAUUACAUCAUCAGUUCGGAUUAUUCCUUCAAACCAUUUUUCUGUCCUUGCUCCAAAGACUGUGGAAAGAGAGUAAAUUAUGGUCCAACAGGAUUAGGCUUUGAAAAAAUAUGGUAUGGCCGUCCAGACAUUGUUUUGCUGUCCUCUAGUUCAAAUAUUGUAUUUUGUGAGCGCAUGCUGGAGGAAGACUCAAAAGAGCUGGAUUUAGUUACCGAGGAAUUUACAAUGAUUGAAGACAUUGAACAAUCAGAAAUAAUUGAAGAGAAGGUGAAUAGUCGCCACAGUGACCAGCAAAUUGUUUCACAAACAAUUACUUCCUCAGUAUACCAGUUCAACAAGAGUAAUUUGACUUUAGUUCCCUCCCUGUUGCUGACACCGUCAAGCUUCUCUAUUUUUUGUUAUGAUCCUGUCAAUGAUGUUCUGCUUAGAUCUAGACAAACAGGUUCACUGUGGAAUACUGAGAAUGCAUAUGAAUUUAACAUGUCAGCAAUUCUUAAAAUUUGGAUGGUGGUUAAUCAUGCAAUAUUCAAACCAAGUAUUAAUGAAAAUCAUUUGAAACUGUUAAGGAACAGUUCUAAUUUUCACAAUUUGUUAGCUGCAGAAGGAUUAUCAAUGAAAGAAAUGUCAAAAAAAAUUCAAUUUAAAUCUCACUUCAAAAACACAGAUUUCAAAUGGGAUUCAAAAAGAAUUAAUAAUGUAGAGUUAGAACUACAGUGAAACCUCAAACACAUCUACACCCCCUCCCCCCAAUGUAGCAACUGAUUACAUGGCUGUACAAAUCAUGUAAUGUUUAACAUUAAAUAUUCAUAUAUGUACACCUACUUUCUGCAAAAUCAUAAUCAUUUAAUUUAUUUCAAUAUAUGAAUGUUAAAACCCAAAAUGAUGUCAUUAUAAUCUAUCCCAAAUUGUUUAUGCAGCACAUUUUGUUUAUUUGAUUAAUGUAUUUAUUUAUUUAUUAGACUUCAAAGAACAUGUAUAUUCAUUUAUCAAUAGUAUUGAAAAUUAUCAACAUUUCCUCUUUGAAACCCUUGUCAGUCAUACAGGGCUCUUGCCUAAUUCUGAAAUCAUGCAUCAAAAGCACUUAUUUUGAUGUUUCCAAUGCAAAACCCUAUUUAUAAGGUCACUUGAGCUGAAGGCUAAGGUGAGCCUUUCUGAUCAAAUUUAUCUGUUGAAUGUAGAUGUCUCCUUGUCAUGAUAAAUUUAUAUAAUUAUCAUCAUUUUAUCCAGAGCUACCAGCUCAUUUCAACCAAGCUUGAUUAAGCUUCAUUGGGCCAAAGGAAUUGAUUUCAAAUUGAAAUCAUUAUCAUAAUUUUUUUUGUGGGAAGGGGGGUGGUUGAGACAAUUUUAAAGAAUUAAAAUAAAUGAAAAUCUAGUAAAAUGUUUUUCAGAGUUAUGCCAGUUGGCUAUUAUUGCUUAGAUGAGCAUUGUGUCCCCAGAGUUUCUUGUCCCAUAGCCAUUAUUUUAUAACCAGACUAGAGUUUGAUGUUGGACCUUUUAAUUAUACAUGCAGUCUAAUGAGUGAAUAUUAUUUAAAGCCUAAUUAUUUCUAAAAAUCAAAUAAAUGAGAAGAAUGUACUGCAUAGACAACUUGGGACAGAGUUUAUAGAUAUAUUUUGGUUUUUCUAAAACGUCAUAGUGUUACAUUGUACUGAGUAAGUUACCAAAUGAAUUGUGUACAUUCCAGGUAUAUUUCUCUGUAGAGAAGAGGACAGACAGACAUGUAACUCUCAUUCACUUAUAAUUGCAGACCCUUAAUUUUUUGUAUUCUGGAACAUGUAAAUGAUUGGCCCGUUUGCUGACUAACCAAUAUUUUCACAUAAUUUCACGAUUCACUGUACAUAACAGACAAAUUCAGAGAUUUUCAUUGUAAAUAUACCGAUGCAAGAAGUUGUGUGAUUGUAAUAUUUGUUAACCAUGCAGGUUUAAUGGAUGUAUGGAUAUUACAGUUACUUAAUUUUUUUUUUCACAAGAAUUAUGAUGGUGCUUAUUACAUGUGUAUAAUAUUUGUACCUGAAAAAAAUCAAAAGUAAGGUGGCAUACUUUGGAUUUCAUUGCCCAGUGUUUUGCACAGCAGUGUAAAAUUUUACGAAGUUAAUUACUGUUUAAAAAAUGUUUUUGAAUUCUUUAAUCAAAUAAAACAUUUCAACAAAUA